GAUUCAAACUAGCGAACUCCAGGUGUGCUAGUCGGCGUAUAUACUCGCUGAGAUACCCAGACCCCCCUUUGUGCUCGUCUUCUAACGACUUGAGACUUGGGAUUUUUUUAAGGGAGCGAAUGUUUUGGUGCACCGUAACGAUUUUGCGAUUUGAGACCGCUCUUAAAAUGACCAACUCCCCAAACAGUGCCCUGACUACUGAACUAGGGAGCUGAUUGAGACGCACUCUUAAAGUGCAGCAUGACUGAGGAGGGAGGAGAAUUUAUAGUAAAAAAGUGCUUGAAUAUUGAAUAUGUUUAUCACCCACAAUUAUCAUAGCGCUUCAGAAGACAUGGAUUAAACCACUGGAGUCGUAUGGAUUACUUUUAUGCUGCCUUUAUGUGCUUUUUGGAACUUCACCAUUCACUUGCACUGUAUGGGAUGGCAUGAGGGUGAAUUAAUGAUGAGAGAAUUUUCAUUUUUGGGUGUACUGUCUCUUUAAUUGUUAUUAUAUUGAAUUGAGAUUAUAUUGAAUGGUGAACCUCAUAUCGUAUAUCGAACCCUGACAACUCUAUCGUCCCAACCCUAGUGAUUAAUUUCACGAUUUGAGAAUGAAACUAUAAUGUUGUACACAUAAUGGCUCUCUCAGCACCCCCUUGCUGUGCCCUGGGGGUCCCUGGACCCCAGUUUGAAAACCUGUUCUAUUACUUUAACAUCGUUAGUGGAUAGAAACGCACUCAUAAAUGCACAGAUCAGUUACGAGUGCGUCGCGGCACUCGGGCAGAGCGUCCGUUAGUGACCGGCUCUUUCCACUGGCCAUUAUGUUCAGCGGGUGUGUGCCGACAGAGGAAUGUGGCCCUUGAGACACGGAGCCGCGCUGCCACCCACUUCAUAACCCUCAGACAUCAAUUCAGGGUUUUGUGUGUCUCUGUUGCAUGACAUUUUGUGGGUUGGAAGUGCACAGAAGACUGGCUUGAUUUGAGCACUUUUCAUUGUGUCCCCACAUGCUGUUCUUCUAGUAAUUAUCUCUCUCUCUAUCACUCUCUCUAUCUCUCUCGCUCGCCGUGGUAUUGUCAGUUGUGUUUAUUCUCUAAUGCCCUUUUGAAAAUAUGUGGUUUCUUUUUUUUUUUUUAUGGUGCAACGGAGGAGAUUGUGGUGUGGUUCUUGAGUGAGCAAACCUUGGACUGUGUGUGUGUGUGUGUGUGUGUGUGUGUGUGUGUGUGUGUGUGUGUGUGUGUGUGUGUGUGUGUGUGUGUGUGUGUGUGUGUGUGUGUGUGUGUGUGUGUGUGUGUGUGUGUGUGUGUGUGUGUGUGUGUGUGUGUGAGGGGGUUGUAACAAUAGAGCCAUUGUAAAUGCUUGGCUGGGAUUGGAUGGGGGUUUGCGGAGCGGCUUCAUUAGUCAAUCUCUCUGUUCCCUUCUCUGUCAUAUGUUCUGUCAACGAGCAGCGAGUGGGUCUGCAGAAGUGUGUGUUGGGAUUUACUGUGUUCAGGUGUGUGUUGUGGUGGACUCUGAUUUGAACGUCUAGUGGCACCUGGACUUGUGUGUGUGUGUGAGUGAGUGUCUCAGGAUGUGGAGGUGAAUCUUCCUUGACAUUAAUGAUGGCGCUUCAGGCCGGUCUGCAGGCUUGGUUUGGUGAGAAGUUUGAAACCCCGUUACAGAGUCCUCGCUGCCCGCGGGCUCCACGGCCCGGUCCGGGUCUGGCUGAUGUCUUCCAGUACGACCAGUGGUUGGCGAUGCGGCACGAGGCCACACUGCUGCCCAUGCAGGAGGACCUCGCCAUCUGGCUCAGUGGGAUGCUGGGAGAGGAAGUCCGAGUCGAACGCUUCAUGGAGGAGCUGGAUAACGGUGUCCGACUUUGUCGUCUGGUUGGAAUUCUGCAGAGCAAAAUCCAGCAGGACUCCGACCAAACGCCGCUGUCCUCAAAGAAGAUUCGGUUCAAGAGAAACGCCUCCCCUGGAUCGUUUUUCGCUCGUGACAACACAGCAAAUUUUCUGUCCUGGUGUCGGCAAAUAGGAGUGGACGAGACGUAUCUGUUUGAGUCUGAGGGUUUGGUCCUGCAUAAAAACCCUCGGCAGGUGUGUUUGUGUCUGCUGGAGAUCGGACACAUCGUCUCCAGGUACGGGGUGGAGCCUCCGGUUUUGGUUCAACUGGAGAAGGAAAUUGAACUGGAAGAAAGUCUAAUGAUGACUGAUGACUCCGCUCCAGGCAAAACAUUCUCUGUGUGCUGUCAGCACGGUGCCCUGUACCACACGGAUCGUGGUGACCAGGACGACUCUCCCUGUAACUGCUCGCAGAGGUUUUCCAUUGAGUAUUUGUCUGAGGGUCGCUACAGACUGGGAGACAAGAUCCUGUUCAUCAGGAUGCUCCAUGGAAAGCACGUGAUGGUGCGUGUUGGUGGCGGUUGGGACACUCUGAAAGGGUUUCUGCUGAAAUACGACCCUGACCGCGUGCUGCAGUUUACCACUCUAGAGCAGAAGAUUUUAGCCUAUCAGAAAGGCCCAUCCAGCCCAGGCCCCGCCCUCAUCACACAGACCACCCAGCUGCCCACGAUGGACCCCAUUGCCGCCGUUAACCUCCUCCCAGAGUCGUCCUCUUCCUCCUCCACCACCUCUUUGUCCAAACCCAACACGCCCGCUUCGGGCCCCAGCACACCCCGCGGCUACUUCCAGUCACCUGCUUCCACACCCUCCCUGCCCCGGAAAACUAAAGCACCCAAAAAGACCCUUCAAAUGCCCAUUGCCUCCCCCAAAACCACCCCACUUUCCUCACCUGUCCCAAAAAGAAGCCCCUUGACCCAGCCAGGCAUGAGCGGAGUAACUCCGAAGGCCCCCGUCCCCUCCAAAUCCAAACAACGGCCGCGUGGAUCGCCCAAUCAGCCCCGCAGUCCGGUCUGUCCCGAACCCACCUGCAAACUACCCAAACCUUCAGCCUCGCCCUGUGCCCAGCUUCCCCAAAGAUCUUCGCAGCGCGACGACCGCCCGCCUCCCGGGCCUGCACGCUCAUGGACCGCACAGCGAUGCCCCCUGUCCCCUGCCUCCAGCUUACACUUAGAGUCCAGGAAGGCCUGCCCUGUUUCCCCUCGUUUGGCAGGAAUAGCGAGGGCUCCGCAGAACAACCCGAAACAGACGAUAGUUUCCCCAAGAGCGUCCAUCCCUCUCACGAAAACCUAUAAGAGUAAACCUGUCGAGCAGAGCAGAGGUUGCGCAGCACAAACUGUUGCGCCCAUCAGUGCUAAACCGGCUCCUCUGAGGAAACCUCUGGCCAGCAGUAACCCGCUCAAAGACAGUCCCACAACAACCAGACCAGCACCUAACGGCGCCACACGGACUAAACCUAGCAAACGCGAAGAGCCCUACUUUGAGAUGAACAAUAAGAGGAGGCUAAAGAACUGAGAAUGCUGGGAAAUGUAGUCUAGUGGCGGAUUUUUUUUUAACUGCAACAGCAGCUCUGAGUGUCAUUGUGUAUACUUCGGCUUUCCGCGUGCCAGAACGACUCUCGUAGCGCAAGUGAUUCAGUACAGUACGUGCGGGCUGUCCGCGCGGAGCCUAUUUGUCUACAUGCGUGGACAGUCCGCGUCUUUUUGCCCAUUUUUGGCAACUGUCGUUAACCACAUGUAAAGAGUUUUGCAAAGCAGUCGUAGUGCGCAAAUUAUAUUUUGAAAGGCUGAGCGGUCUAGCGUGUGCAAGACGGAACGGCACGUGGAAAGUGUACGUUAGCAUUAAUCAGGGAGGGUGCCAUAGUUGCGAUAUGGAUAAAAACGAGGCUGUAAAAGUAUAGUCCGUUUGAUUUUGUGGUGUUGAUCCAAGUCAACAAAACAUAAAAAACCUGUCUAUCAGUUACAGCAGGGCUCUUCAACUACUUUAUUGCGGGGACCAGAUUAUCCAUAUGAAAAGUUGGCGGGCGCCAGAUUUUUUCCGUAUUCAUCUUAGCUAUCACUUUCAUCGCAAGUAACAUGCAAAAUAAUACUGUGCAUUUAUUCAUAUUAAAAUAGUCACCUUUUUUUAAGGUAUGGCCAUUUUAAGGGUGGCGGAGGACAAGUCUCUGUUGCCUUCGCUUCUGAGACCAUCAAUCCGCGCACUCGUUGACUCGUUGUGCAUGACACCGCGGAGACUCCCAGCAUGUGGAGGCACAUGCUACUCUCCACGAUUCACACGCAACUCGCCACACGCCCCAUUGAGAGCGAGAACCACUAAUCGCGACCACGAGGAGGUUACCCCAUGUGACUCAACCCACCCUAGCAACCGGGCCAAUUUGGUUAGCCCAUGUGACUCUACCCUCCCUAGCAACCGGGCCAAUUCGGUUGCUAAGGAGACCUGGCUGGAGACACUCAGCACGUCCUGGAUUCAAACUCACGACUCCAGGUGUGAUAGUCCACGUCAAUACUCGCUAAGCUACGAAGGCCCUUUUAUAUAACUAAGCAAUUUUAUAUAAAUGCAUUUGAUUUGAAAAAGACGCUAUCAAAUGCUCACCUACAUGGUGCGAUCCAUGUUUAGCAAAGCAGUGUAACUAUCGCCAGCCUCCGGUUCGCACAACCGAUGACGGCUGAAUGCUGUUGCACAUGCCAGUGAGAGUUGUUAACUCACCGCUGAUUGCUUAGGGUCGUGUCUACAAACGAGUUGUGCGCACUGCGCAAUCUGGUAUAUAGACAAUUUGAUCAUAAAUCAGUUGGAGGGCCAGACAAACAUGAUUGGCAGGCCGGAUUGACUAGCCCUGAUUUACAGCCUCUAUUUCAUUCACGUCAAAUUAAACAUGCCGUCUACCCUGACUGAGAUCCAUUAACUAUUCCGUUUCCUUCCUUAAUUAUACUCAGGCUUUUAUUUGUGCCAUACUAAAAUCAUCAGGAUAUGCCUCAGAUUCCUUCUACCAGGAAUGAACAUACUGUAUGCAUCGUAAACAGUUUCAUUUCUUCUUUAGCUACUGUAAUUAUUAUUGUAGCUAAGGCAUUAGAAAGACGUUUUUAUAUUUAGGUAUAGUAGUUUAAAAUCACGUCUUCCUUCUGAGCUCACAAGAAAACCUUGAUAAUGUGGUUCAGGUCAUGCAGUAAGUGUGUGUGUUGGUUUAAUGUUUGUCUUUAUAUAUAUGAUGAUGAUGAUCAUGAUGAUGAUGGAGCAGAUCACGUGCAUAGGUCUGCUGUUCUGUUUAGUAUUCAUAUUUACACCUGAGAGCACUGAAUUACAUAAGAAACAUGUGCAGAUCCAUACAAUUCUUGCUCUCGUUGUUUUAGUUCUUAUGUUAUGCCCCAUAAUACUUAGAGGCACGUCUCUAUGGCAACCAAAUAGGGAUCCUGAGAGUCCUUCCUGAUCUAUUUUAGUGGUGUAGCCAAGGGUGGGUCUGGGCCACCCAGAAUAUUAGAGAUGAUUUUUUUAUUUUCCCCAUUCCCUUGCCUUUUUCUCCCAAUUUGGAACGCCCAAUUCCCAAUGUGCUUUUAAGUCCUCGUGGUCAUGUAGUGACUCGACUCAAUCCGGGUGACGGAGGACGAAUCUCUGUUGCCUCCACGUCCAAGCCCGUCAAUCCGCAUCUUAUCACGUGGCUUGUUGAGCGCGUUACCGUGGAGACGUAGUGCGUGUGGAGGCUUCAUGCUAUUCUCUGCGGCAUCCACGCACAACACGCCCCACCAAGAGCGAGAACCACGUUAUAGCGACCACGAGGAGGUUACCCCAUGUGAUUCUACCCUCCUUAGCAACCAGGCCAAUUUGGUUGCUAAGGAGACCUGGCUGGAGUCACUCAGCAUGCCCUGGAUUCAAACUAGCAACUCCAGGGUUGGUAGCCAGCGUCUUUACAAUUGAGCUACCCAGGACACCAGAUAUAUAAUUUUUGGACUUCAAAUAUAUAUUUUAAAAAUCGUUAAAAAUGCAUAAAUUUGUGGGCGUGGGUAUCUCAGCGAGUAAAGACGCUGGCUACCAACCCUGGAGUUGCUAGUUU